AAGCAGCGAUACUGACAAAGACGGCCGCCUCCUCUAGUUCUCAAGACCCCCUCCGCCGACCCCACCUUGGCCACCAGCACCGUCAUUGGCAUUGUCAUUGUCAUGGUCAUUGUCCUCUGUGUUAGGAUGCAGGUGUGGUAUGCUGUUGUGCGGGAGGUAACUCAUCAUGUGCGGCUGCAGGAGGUGUUGUGCGUCGGAGUCACACACGGCAGGUCGGUGUCGACGUGCUGUGGCUGCUGCUGCUGUGACUGCGGUGGCUCCUCCUCCUCGCCCUCAUCAUCGUCGUCCGCCCAGAAGUCGUCGUCAUCGUCGCUGUCCUCCUCCACGACCUCCUCGCGGGCGUCCACAUCCUCCUCCACCAGCCAGCCUGCCCGUCGCCCCGCCUCCCCCUCCUCACAGUUCCCCUCUCCCGCCUCCACCUUGGCCACCAGGACCGUGAUGUCGUCCUCCUUAGCGCCCUGCCGGCACUCCUCGCCAUUCGCCUCCCACAUCUGCCGGAAGGGCGUGUCGAGCUUCUCCCUCUUGUUCUUGCUUUUGCGGUACGCCAGCCGCGCAAGGUGUGCGGCCAGCUUGUCGGCGGGCAGGCUCCGGAACGUCUGGAAGAAAAAGACGAUCUCGUGGUGGAACAGGUUGUCGGUGACCCCGUCCGAGCAGGCGAUAAUGAUAUCGCCGCUCUCGACGGGGCACCGACACGCCUGAACCCCGAUGGUCGCCUCUGACGCAUCCUCAGCUUGGUGGUCCGUGCGGGUGAGCCGCUUGAGUAGGGCCGGUGGUGGUAUUAGGAUGUCGGCGGCCCGGCGGCGGGGGAUGCGCUGCAGCUGGAAGGGACAGUUGGGCUGGUUGCGGUGCUGCAUCGGCUCCAGCGCGGCCACGAUGAUGGGAGGGCCGUGGUGGGGGAACCUGGACCUGACGGCCAUUAUGGUCGAGUCGCCGUAUGCGGCGAGGUCCACACACGGCUGGCCCUCCUCGUCGUACGUGGCAGCGGCUAUAGCUAGAACAACAGCUGACACACGAGCAAGCAUUGUUCUGGGUUGUGCUAUACGUACGUGUCUCUCCCUCUUGACUACCUGUUGGCGGACGGAAUCCACAGCCUGGCGUAGCCCCCCGCCGCGGCAGUGCUCGUGUGAGGCUGAGCCGGUAAGAGAUCACAUGUCUGUCGGAUAUAAGAUGUAGGCAGCCAUCUGAGACACAAACCGAGAAACAAGUGCAAACUCUGAGACAUACAGACAUCGCCUUUUGCGUUCUAAGUCGUAUGGUUACUUUGGCAUGUUUCGGUCCACCGCAGUGUCGCCGUUAUCGGCGAAGUCCACGCACAGCCGGCCGUCCUCGUCGUGCGUGGUGGCGGCUACGGCGAUGGUGCUGGCGCCGGGCGGGCCGUGUCGGUCGGCGGCUGUCUUGGCCCAUCCCUCUUCCACCAGCUUCUUGGCCCUGUUGGUGUGGGCGUCUUGGGGCGGUGGGGUGGCCAUGGCAGCGCCCAUGGUCUUGACGGUCAGUGCACGCGCAAAAUCGCGUGCACUGACGUCGUAUUUGUCGACGAAGCCUCUCACGCCGUCCGCCACCACCAUGACGCCCGCCUCAGCCGAAAUGCUGGCGGCGUCCUCACACGGCCCCUCUUGUCGUCGCUGGCCCUGAUAUAGGCGCCCAUCCUUAGGUGCAGCUGCUGUUGGGCUGGUGACGAGAGGCUGCCGCGGGUGCUCGUCUUGCCGGAGGUGGUGCCGGUGGUGUUUGUGGUGGGCAGGAGUGGGGGGAGGUGGGCUGUGGUGAGUGUGGGGCUGUCGUUGCGCCUCUGUGGGCAGAGGCGGGAUGCCUGGGGCGACGGUACACGAUGGCCUGGUGGACGGGGGACUCGUCGUCCGUGUCCUUCACAGCAGCGGUACCAACCGAAGGCAAGGAGAACCGCAAAAGAGAGCGAGGCGGAGAAACCGCAAAAGCG